UUCAGCCCUGGUGUGUCUCCAGGUCCAGGGAAAGUGUUCAUCUGAUAUUAAUCCCGGUGCUGCUGCUUCUGUCCAUACCACAUCAUCAAAAUGCCUGACUACACAAUCAUCUAUUUCAAUUGCAGAGGCCGUUGUGAAUCCAUGCGGAUGCUCUUGGCGGACCAGGGCUUGGACUGGAAGGAAGAGGUGAUUGAGGAUUCUGAUGCCUGGGUAAAAGGGGACCUGAAAAAACAGGCCGUGUUUGGCCAACUUCCAGGAUUCAAAAACGGCGAUUUCAGGCUGUAUCAGUCAAAUGCAAUCUUACGCUAUCUGGGCAGGAAUCAUGGUGUCUAUGGCAAAAACUCAGUCGAGGCAACGCUCAUAGACAUGGUAAAUGAUGGGGUGGAAGAUCUCAGGCUGAAAUACGUGAAUCUGAUUUAUGAUAACUAUGAUGCUGGGAAAGAGGAUUACAUUAAGGCUCUGCCUAAUGAACUCUGUCACUUUGAAAGAAUCCUUAGUAACAACAAUGGUGGUAAAGGAUUUACUGUAGGAGCUGAGCUUUCAUUUGCAGACUAUAACUUGGUGGAUCUUCUGCGCAACCAUCUUGUAUUGGCUCCAGACUGUCUUUCGGGCUUUCCUCUGCUCUCUGCCUAUGUCACCCGUGUCAGCAGCCGUCCUAAACUUGCAGCCUAUCUCUCCAGUGAUGCUCACAAGAAAAGACCAAUCAAUGGCAAUGACAAGCAGUAACUGCUGGAAGGCAGAACGCAGAAUUCUAGAAUAUUGGCCCACGAAUGUUGAAAUGAACAGAUUCUGUGAUACCUGCUGUGUAGCUGCAUGGGCAGCCAUUGUGUUUAAAGAGACAGUUAGAGAUUAUAAUGUGACU